AUGACCAUUAUCUUGAGGUUUGUGAACAAUCAUGGGAUUUUGACAGAAAGAUUUUUUUCCAUCAAAAGUGUUAGUGACACUACCUCAUUGAAUUUGAAAAAAGAAAUAUCAAAUGUUCUUGUUCAUCAUGAUCUACAAGUUAAGAAAAUCAGAGGCCAAGGAUAUGAUGGUACUAGCAAUAUGCAUGGCGCGUGGAAUAGACUGCAGGCAUUAUUUCUCAGAGAUUGUCCUUAUGCAUACUAUGCACAUUGUUUUGCUCAUCGACUACAAUUAACAUUGGUUUCUGCCGCUAAGGAUGUCAGUGUUAUUUGGGAAUUCUUUUCUCAUUUAGAUAAUAUUGUUACUUCUUCUACUAAGCGCAUUGCUGAGUUACAUACUACACAAAGAAAUGAAAUUGAACAUAUGUUGGCAAUUGGAGAACGUGAUUCUAAAAGUGGGGCCAAUCAUAUUGCAAUAGAUUUCAUCUUGAUGGAGUUAAAUACUCGGUUCAAUGAGUUAUCAAUGGAACUUCUUUCUCUUAGUACAACUUUAGAUCCGAAAAAUUCAUUUGAUUCAAUUAAUAGUGAUGAUAUUUGUAAACUUGCAAAGAAGUUUUAUCCUGAAGAUUUCUCAAAUCAAGACAUCGUUGCUUUGGAAUAUGAAUUGCAAUUAACUGAGAGUGAGCGGUCAAAUGUUUACAUUAUGUUAACUAGAUUGAUUCAUCUCGUUUUGACAUUACCUGUUUCUACCGUCACUACUGAGUGA